CCAUUAGGUUUAUAAUGUCAAUAUUUUCAUUCAUUUUUUUUCCAAUAGCGAUUUUCGGGGGUCGUGUAAAUUUGAUCAAAUUUUUGGUUAGUCCUUUAGUUAUACACUAUCAAUCAUCUUUUUUUAUUGGUCAAUUUUUAAUAGUAUGUGAAGUCACGUUUUAGUGAUCAUGUGAUUGGAUUUUUUACUAUACACUAAUUGAAAAAGAAGAAUAUAUAGAUCUAUCUAUCACCAAUUGAUUGUACACAUCUUCAAUCAAUAUACCUCAAUAAUCAAGAUGCCAAAGUAUUAUUGUGAUUAUUGUAAAUCAUAUUUGACUCAUGACACCAUGAGUGUUAGGAAAUCCCAUUUAAUAGGGAAGAAUCAUAUCAAAUUCUAUUGUAAUUAUUAUGAAUCAAAAGCUAAAGAAACAGGAGUUUGGAAUGAAGUUAAUAAUCAAGAUAGUUCUCAGAAAUAUGAAAUAACGUUGGAUUAUUUAAACAGAAAGGCACCAGGAUCUUCAUAUGAUUUGAAUGCAGUGAAAGAUCAUGAUGAAUUAAUGGUGGAUCAUGAUACAUCCUCUAAAAAGAAUGAUAAUGAUGAGGAAGAGGAAGAUGAAGAUGAAGAAACUUUGAAAUCAUUCUUACCUCCCCCUCCAAAUUUACAAGGCUUACCAGUUCCACCUCCAUCCUUUUACAAUUUCCAAGAUGAUUAUCAAAAAUCAUUACUGAAACAUAUCAAGAUUAGUAUGGCUAAUAAUAUGUCAAAUGGUCUUUAGUAAUGACUAGUAUAGAUUCAUAAGGGUUUUUGUGGUUUUGGGUAAUUUUUGGCGUUUAUUGUAAAAGGUUUAUCUUGUAGAUAUGUAAUAUUAAAUAGAUUAAUACAUGUAAAAAGUACAACUACAACAA